AUGGGAGGGGCAGCAUCAUCCCCCGCCAACUUCGAGCCGGUCUUCCGAGACAAGGACGAUGGCAAGCGGACCACAGAGGUUCACCAGUUCCGUGCGCAUGGCGACACUUGGAUCCAGGCUGUGUACACGAACGAGAUGAGCACCGUCGAAAGCAUCCUCGACAUGUACCUGGAGUGGCUCAAGGACGAGAGGUACCGGUUUGUCGGCCUCGAUCUUGAGUACGACUUCCAGCAGAAAAAAUUGCGGUGCCAGGACAAUAUAUACGCGCUAAGGCAAUUCCUGAAGAAUAAGGAUGUCACAUUUGUAGGUGUGGACAUAAGGACUGACCACAGGUUGCUUUACAAGCAAUGGCUGUAUAUUCCACCUGGGAAGCAUCUGGACCUCCAGGAUAUGUUGAAAAUACCAGGUUAUGGUAACAGGGCUGGCAUGGCUACUAUGGCUUCCGACCUCAUCCACCCCAAGUACGCCGGCAUGAAGGAGAAGUUUGUGACGGACUACGACAAAUUCGUAGGCCAUAAUUACUGGGAAUGGAAGCCUCUAUCCGAUAUGAACCUGGAGUAUGCUUCCAUUGAUGGUUAUGUCGCCUAUGAACUCGCCCGCAUCGCGAGUAUAGUGAACCAGGGACUGCAUCCACUACUAGGAAAAGGGCUAUAG